AUGAUCCACCAUGCCCGUACAAACGCCAACGCCUGUCAAGGGCACACCUCGUCGGUCUCUAUCGAUUGAGUUCAGAGAGUCGCCCUUACGAUCAGCUUCGAGGGCAAAGCCAACGACAUCAAGGGACCAUCACUCAACCGACACAACCCCCGAACUGCCUACCCGUCGCUCUCGGGCUGCUCACUGGAGAUCACAAUCAACUCAAGAAGAUCGAAUUGACCCGAUUGAGUUACGCAAGAAGCUCAGACUCCUCUUGGUCGACAAAUUUGGCGAGGACUUCGUCCCCCGGCCGGUGCAAAUCGAAGCUCUCGCGGGACUUUCUCAGCUCGAGCGGUUCAAGACUCGAAAUCAGUAUGACGCUGUAUUCGUCAUUGCUCCAACGGGUUCAGGGAAGAGCUUGAUAUUUCAACAAGCCAUGUAGUUGGUUUACGGACGCCGGGCUGUGACCAUAGUUGUCAGUCCUCUGACUGCGCUGAGCCAACAUCACGUAGGUUUUAUUCGGUUGGCCGUUGAGGCGACGCGGGUGCUGAGUCCCACGGUCUUGAUACCUUUACAGGCCGACAAUCUCAAUCAAGAGCGAAAGAAAGCGACUGCCAUAUGCAAGGAAACAUGGGGUGACGGAGAGCUGUACCAGCAGUUGAGCGAUCCCUCCCAUAAUGUCUCAUUCAUCUUCAUCGUACGUGUCCAUUCAAUCCGCCGCAGGUUUUUGCAUGCUCACAACCCCCGUACUGAUAGCUUGCUACUAAAAAUCUCCGACAGUCUCCAGAGAUGCACAAUGGAGACAAGCACUGGGCUGAGCUGAUAUCGAAGGACUCGUUCCGAGAACGAGUCAAGCUGCUUGCCUAUGACGAGGCAAUCAAGAUCGCCGAGUGA